GGAAAAAAGUAAAAAAAUUUCAUUGCUAAAAAGAUCGUAUUUGGAAAUAGAGCGGAGGUGGGUGUAAUUUUACAGAAGUAGAAAAAAGAAAGAAAAAGAAAAAGAAAAAGAAAAGAGUGGAGGAAAAAGAUUGAAGGAGAAGAUAGGCAAAACCCAGAAGUUGGCGUGGCCUAGAUUUGAAGGAGAUUCAAAGCCACUCAAUUUUGCCAGUUAAUUUGGGGCAAUAAGAAGAGAUGCCUUUUUUCCGGUUUUCCGUUGAUGCAUUCCACUCUGCUUGAUAGUUCAAUCCAUAACUUCCGGACUGAUCAAAUAUAGAGAUAUGCAAGACCAGAGAGGACCUGAGGAAGCUUCAGCUUCUAAAUUGAGGAAAAAGAAAACAUCACUACAAAAAGCUCCAGUGUUGCAAAAAGAAGGCAAUAAGGCAAAAAGGAUACAAGAUUUGCAUGCACUGCCAUUUCAAAAUGGACUAAAACCCACCAAAAGAAUCCCACCGAACGAAGUUUCCCCUUUAUUUCGAUAUGCCGAGAAAUCAACACCUGAAUUCUCACAGGAUUCUUCCACUUCUGGAAAUGAAUAUCGGGCAUUGAGGAGGAAGUAUCUAUUGCUGGAGGAAGAAAGUUUUGCUCUUAGUAAAGAAUUGAGAGAAGCCGAAGAUGAGAUUAAGGCCCUUGAAGAUGAGAAGCUAACACUUCUUGAUGAACUUGUUGUGUUAGAAGGCCUGGUUGAUCCUUCAGAGAUUCAAUCCCAACGCCCGCGUAUAUGAUGGUUUAAGUGUAGUUUUUCAGUAAACUGGAGAUAUAUACAGAAUUGUGUACAACAAUCCAACUUCUGUUAGCAUCAAGUGUUAUUUGAUAGUGGAGAUGCUAGUGAUGCAUUAUAUAAAAUCAAUUAGUUGUUUUGCACGA